UGUCACUUCCGGACUCGUUUGGAUGAGAGCCGGUGGAUGUUGGGAGUCUCUCUCCGCUGCUGCAGUCCGGAUGAACCGACAGCCGUGCAGCGUGGACCUGUGGGCCUUUCAUUAAGUCAAGCUCUCUGAAAGAAAGCAAGAAGAAGGAUAAGGGGACUGACUGCAACAGUUGGAACUUUUUCUUCUUACCUUACUCGCUGCUCUCCACGUCUUCACAGCUUCACUGAGAUGAAGCAGAAGGAGGACCUGAACCCUGUGCUGCUGCUCCUCUUCCACCUCAUGGCGUGGAUCUACACCUCCAUCACCUUCCUGCCCUCCUACAUCCUCAGCCGGGUCUCCGGACACGACGGGGCCCGCUACGGCUCCGAGGAGGAGCGGGCCAAGAGGGCGAAGGCCCGCUCGGCGUCGGGACGUCCCGAGGGCCCCUACCGAGCGGUGAGCGCCGCCAAGAGGCUGGCGACGGCGCUGCACCCGGGAGUGGACACCCUGGAUAAGGUGUUCGAGUACGCGGCCAUGAGGUUCCCUCACAGAGACUGUCUGGGGACGAGGGAGGUGAUCAAUGAGGACGACGAGCGCCAGGGCAACGGGAAGGUGUUCAAGAAGGUGGUUCUGGGCGAGUACUGCUGGCUCUCCUACGAGGAAAUCCUCACGGCGGCGUCCCAACUGGGUAGCGGUUUGGCGUCACUGGGUCAGCGGCCAAAAAACAACGUGGCCAUCUUCUGCGAGACUCGGGCCGAGUGGAUCGUCACUGCGCAGGCGUGCUUCAUGUACAACUUCCCGUUGGUCACCCUUUACUCCACGCUGGGAGGUCCAGCCAUCGCUCACGGGCUGAAUGAGACUCAGGUCACCCACAUCAUCACCAGCAGAGAGCUCCUGGAGACCAGACUCAAGGCUAUCCUAAUUGAAGUGCCGAGGCUGCAGCACAUCAUCGUAGUGGACAGCACACCGACCUCGUGGCCCGGCUAUCCACGUGGCAUCAGCGUCCACAACAUGGCUGCUGUUCAGAAGCUGGGAGCCAGGCCCGAGAAUGCAGCACGUGAGCGUAAGCAGCCGCUGCCGUCGGACAUCGCGGUCAUCAUGUACACCAGCGGAUCCACCGGCAUACCGAAGGGCGUCAUGAUCUCUCAUAGCAACAUCAUCGCUGGCAUCACGGGCAUGGCCGAGCGGAUACCCAACCUGAGCGAGGAGGACACCUACAUCGGCUACCUGCCUCUCGCCCACGUACUGGAGCUCAGUGCAGAGCUCGUGUGCGUUUCUCACGGCUGUAGGAUCGGCUACUCGUCACCUCAGACUCUAGCUGACCAGUCAACCAAGAUCAAGAAAGGAAGCAAGGGAGACACCAGCGCCUUGCGGCCCACUCUGAUGGCAGCUGUCCCGGAGAUAAUGGAUCGCAUCUAUAAGAACGUGAUGACCAAUGUGGAGGAGAUGAGCUGUGUCCAGCGAAUGCUCUUCACUCUGGCGUACAACUACAAACUGGAGCAGCUCGCCAAAGGAAACAGCACACCUCUAUGUGACAGGCUGGUGUUCGGGAAAGUGCGCUCUCUGCUGGGAGGUCGGACGCGAGUGUUGCUGUCAGGCGGUGCGCCUCUCUCCGCCGCCACGCAGCGCUUCAUGAAUGUGUGCUUCUGCUGCCCGGUGGGUCAGGGAUACGGCCUGACGGAGACCUGCGGAGCUGGGACCAUCAGCGAACUGUGGGAUUACAGCACCGGGAGAGUGGGAGGGCCACUGGUUUGCUGUGAGAUCAAGCUCCAAGACUGGGUGGAGGGUGGUUACCGUAGAACCGACAAGCCACAUCCGAGAGGAGAGAUUCUGGUCGGCGGACCCAACGUCACCAUGGGGUACUACAAGAACGAGGCGAAGAACCAAGACGAUUUCUUUACGGACGAGAACGGCCAGAGGUGGUUCUGCACGGGAGACAUCGGGGAGUUUCACGAAGACGGGUGCCUCAAGAUAAUUGAUCGUAAGAAAGACUUAGUGAAGCUGCAGGCGGGCGAGUACGUCUCUCUGGGGAAGGUGGAGGCCGUGUUGAAGAACUGCUCUCUGGUCGAAAACAUCUGUGCCUACGCCAACAGCGAUGAGACGUACGUGAUUGGCUUCGUGGUGCCCAAUCAGAAGCACCUGCUGGCUUUGGCCGACCAGUACGGUAUCCGAGGUUCAUGCGAGGAGCUGUGCGGCAGCAAAGCCGUGGAGGAGCUGGUCCUCAAAGUCAUCACCGAGGCCGCUCUAGCAGCCCAGCUGGAGCGCUUCGAGAUCCCCCGAAAGAUCUGCCUGAGCCCGGACCCGUGGACCCCCGAGAUGGGGUUAGUGACUGAUGCGUUCAAGCUCAAGCGCAAGGAGCUGAAGACACGAUACCAGGACGACAUCGAGAGAAUGUACGGCGGGAAGUGACGCGUUGGUUAUCCUCAAAAGCACAGACCAGCACUCUGAACUCUCUCAGUGCCCUCUCACUGCCCCCUCUCAUCCUGCCCCAUGAACACAAGAGACCUGAAUCUGUGAAGAAGCUGAAAGUGUAGGGAGUCACCGCUUCCAUCGUGGAGGCAACUUUUGUUGUCGAAUUUGUAACUAAAGAAAGGCUGAAAAAGAAAAACACAAACACUGCUGCCUUUCCCCCUCUGCUUUUUUUCUUCUCAGCCAGGUGUAUGACCACUUUGUGGGGGAUCUUUAUUGUUCCAGAUGUGAGUUAUGAAACAGCUGAUGUUGUCUGUUGAACUCUCUCUGAGUGCCAAGCAGCAGAAGCUCAAGAAGGUUGGGCGGACAUGUUUGUUUCCUAGUCGCUUUGUGCCGACGAGACGUUAAGAUCGGUUAAAUCUUUUCCUUUAGUUAAUUUCUUUCUUUUAACGUAGAGGUAUGAAAAUCCUUCCUCCUGCAGGUCAGGAGACGGUUAAGUCUUUUGUUUCUUUUUUUUGUCCACAUGUUUUGAGUUCUGUGGUUUAUUUUGUCUCCCACCCACAGUCGGGACUUUGACUCUCACGGGCGUGGGACGUCCCGCCCGUGAGCACAUCUUGAUACCAAAAGCACAAAGUCAUUUGAGGGCAAGCGAGAGCAGGGUGGUAAAAUAAAAUUUAAAAAAUGCAGAGGUCAUAUCUGGUCAAACAAUUUUUAUCUUUAUAUCAUCAAUGUUAAGAUUGUUGUCCUUUUUUUUAGGGAAAUGACAGAUGGCACCUAAUAUUCUUAUUUAAAAAGAAAAGAAACAAAGAUGCACUGUUGUUUAGUCUAUUGUACUUUCCUACAGGGAUAGUAUAUACUUUUUUAUGUGCAAAAAAUGCACAUGAACUUGCUUGUUUUACAGAUGAAAUGAAUGUAAUCAUUGUCACAUUUGACAAGUCACAGUGCAACGUGAAAAUGGAUCAUUUCUAUCCAAAUAAGGCCGUUGAUUACAGACGGCACACAAAUGAAGCGUUCUCGAUGUGAGCAAGCAGGAUUUAAAUAAAUGACAAGUGUGGCUAACGUUUACUCUGCAGGACUGUCACCGCCGGCUUAAAGUCGCAUAGUUUUUUGGUAACGUGCACGAGUGUGACUCGUGAACUUUGUACGCGGCACGAACAUGACGCCAUCAUCCCUCACAAUGUGACACCUGUUGCCUUCUCUUGUGAUUCUGAGUCACGCCUCUCUUAAUUCCUUUUUCGUUUGUCGUCAUACAAACAUACACAUGUGUGUGGAGCUGUGACCAGCAGAGGAAUCACGUGUACAGCCUCUAUUGUAACUCGAGCUUUAUUAUCAAGCAACCUGUUUGUGGAGCUCCACUCCCUCUCUGUGCAGAGAGCUCGCCUUGUAACAUAAGCGCAUCCAACUAUUUAUUUGUAACUUGACAUUUGGAAAAAAAAUGACCCAAAAUGAGGUAAAUAAAGAAUUGUGUUUGGUCUA